AUGGGUCCCAAACCCAGGCCAGUGCAUUACUUUGAGCUCACUAAGCCUCAUCGGUCCGAUCAUCUGGCGCCAUCAUGCGCCCACUCCAUCUCCCUCCUAACUUCGGCAACAGCUCGUUAUUCUCCACCAUCGGGCUGCUCCACACCUUGGUCACACGUGGCCCUCCAAGUCUGGGGCACUCCAGGUUUGAGUUCAAGGCAAUUCCUAUCUGACCCAUUACCAAACCUGAAUGAUGUCACUGCCCUAUGGCUUGAUGGGGCAGAGUUGAUCCGCAUGAGUCCACCCCAGUCGACCCAAGAUGGACUUGAAGUGUUCUGGGAGGUUCGGAAGGACGUCACAAGGUUUACCUCUCUGCUUGAGAAAUCAAACCUUAGCCUCACCCUGACGUCCCUAAGGACGAGGGGCAAUGAAAGCUUCUCGGUCUCUCCAGCCUCCUACCAAGUCAAUGUAAGCAUCUUCUACUACAACUACAAGUAUCUUUCUCGAAGUUCAGAAUCAUCGAUGACCAGUGAGACAAUCAUGUCCUGUGAAGGGGCUCUAAAGGGCGGGGGUGGCCUUUAUGAUCCACCGCCCGAUCUAGUUAUCCCCUUGUCCAAUAAAAAAAACCAAGAUGAGGGGCUUUGGUUCCAGAUUGAGAGUGAGUUCGAUGUCCGCUCCGUUGGACUCGAAAUGCCAUCAAAUACCAUGCGGGCCAUCCUGGAACUGUUCGUGUCCUCUGACGGUGAUGACGAAUUCUGGCCAUCGCAUAGGCCCAAUUCGAUCCCGAGAGCAAACCACUUCUCAAGUAAGCACGAGUCUGGAGCUUUCAAGGAGGUUUUUGUGAUGAUAGAUGGGAAAAUCGUUGGAUCAGAGGUCCCGUUCCCAGUGAUAUUUCCAGGAAGCAUCAAUCCUUUGUUCUGGGAACCUAUAGUGGCAAUUGGAGCUUUCGAUCACCCCACCUAUGAUAUCGAUCUGACGCCCUUCCUGGAGUCCAUGAUUGACGAACAGAAGUCCGAAUUCAAGGGGUUCGAGCGGCGCCUCGAACUAAGGGCCAGACGGAAGAGCAGGUUUACAGGCUGGGUCCUAUCCAGUGAGGGUAAUUUCACGACCCGCGUAUCGCAGGAAACUGAGCUGAAGAACUCGAUAAGAUUCGACCUUAGUGGGCGUUACAUGGAGAUCAAGCAUGAGAUUGAGUCUGAGAGGGAAGUGCAGGUCGAGACGGAAACAGGACAGCUGUUCUCUCUUGUGACGAUGAAGAGGAAGUACCCCAUGAGUGUCACCUCCUAUUAUACCAUGCGGCGACCCGACAGGAGCACGUACUACUCGGGGUCGGCCAAUGUGACGAUGAAGGAGAAGCUGGUGCGAGGGAAGAGGUCGAGAGUGUACCACAACAGUCAGUCCACGUGCGGGUGGGUGACUGUGAAAGAUGAGAUGGUGGUGGGCGGCAGUGCAAGAACGGAGCAGAAUUUAAAGUACAGGGAUGGUGUGAGUGGAGGCGGCUGCUGUAUCCGGGAGGCUGCAGCGCAGAACGGGAGGCUUUUGAAAGACGAAGCGAGCUAUCUGUGUGGUUCUUCUUCCUCCACCUCGUCAUCUGCUAUCUGA